AACAACGUAUCUGCAAUGUCCAUUGUAGAGUCAGAAAUUGCUAGACUUGCAAAGAAACAAGAAAAUAGCACCCAUAGGGAAAGAAUUCAGUUGAUAGAAACUGACCAGGAGAUGGCUCAGGUAUUAGAUUUAAAAUGCAAAGACAUGUCAGCAGUUAUGCUGAUGAAGUUUAAGGGCUUGAUGGAAAAUCUGGACUUCAUGGUUGAAGAGAUAAGGGAAUCCCUUAAAAAGGACCUAAAGGAAAUUUUAGGAGUAGAAAGUAAAAUACAUGAAGUGAAAAAUAUAAACAACUCCAGUACCAACAAGGAGUGGCCACAAAUAAAAGGUUUAGCCACACAAAAAACAGGGUUGGUAGAGAAAAUAGAAGGAGCAAACUCUGAAAUAGUUGAAGAUAGUGAAAAUUUGACUUUUAAAAGAAAAGAAGUAAGUGAGCUGAGUAGCAAAUUAGACAAAGCUGAAGAGUACAGUAUGAACCAAGGUAAGGAAUUGUCCUGUGAUGAAUCAAAAAAUGACAAAGGCAUGGAAAGUGUGGAAGAAGCCAUAAGCAAUAUAGACAACACUUGGGGAGAUCGUAGUAUCCAUAUAGAAGUAACACGAGAGAACCGAGAGAUUGGAGAGGAGGAACCGGUCAGAGAAAAAAGAGAGGAGAAAAUCCCUCAGAAUUUAAAGAAUAAAGAGAAAAUUCUAAAAACCUCCAGAGAAGAUGAAGGAGCAGUACUUACACUGGUGGCAGACUUUUCAUCAGCAACACUGGACAUUAGGAAGCAAUGGAGUAACAUCUUCAACAUUCUGAGGGAAAAUGAUCUGGAACCUAAAGUUCUAUGCCAGGUUAAAUUAACAUUUAAGUGUGAGGGUGAAGUAAGGACCUUUUCAGAUAUGCAAAGUCUCAGCAAUUUUAUUAGCCAAAAACCAUUUUUGAACGAAUUACUGAAAGAUGUACUCCCACAAAAGGAAAAAAUAAAGAGAGGAAGAAGGUACGGGAUUCAAGAAAAAGUGGAAAAAACUCAACUAGAUUUGAAGCAUGGAGCCGAUGGGGAAGCCAGUGAUGGCUUGAGUUUUCUAUUUGUUAAAAAAGUAAAGGUUGCUGAGCCAGAGGAGGUGAAGAACUUAGAGAUUCAGGAAGAAGAGUCUUCAGAGCUGGAAGAAGAGGGAGAAGAGGCUUCAGAGUUGGAUGAGGAAGAAGAGGCUUCAGGCCUGGAGGAGGAGGAAGAAGAGACUUCAGGGCUGGAGGAGGAGGGAGAAGAAGAGGCUUCAGUAUUACGUGAGAAACAGGAUUCAACCUUUCAGCGUCAUUCUGAGGUAAAUACACAACGUGGAGUUGAAGAAAAAAAUAGUGGUUUGGAGAUUGUUUUAAUUAAAGAGGUAGAAGAUUCUGAGCCAGAGGAAGAAAAAGGUUCAGAGUGGGAAAUGGAAGUAGUUUUAUCGUGGGAGGAAGGAGAGGACUCUGAGGUAGAAAAUGUAAAGACUGCCUCCCAGAUUGAGAAAAAAGAGGCCUCAGAUGGGCUUAAAGAAAUUGCCUAUGAUUAUUUGGCUCAGGACUUUGAGAAGAAAAAAUUGGUGAAACACCAGAUGGCACAAAAAACCCAGGAUAAAAAGGAAACAGCUAUGCCCAGAAACCAAGGAAUUGGGACAGUCUGUCCAAUCUUGCGUUUGGCCUCUCCCUCAAAAUCACUAGAGAUAAGUUCUGAUAAGCAGAAAAGGCAUUUAAGUACAAAUUUGAGUACUCCAUCAGGAAUCACCAAAUUUUUAAGGAAGACUGAGAAAGAGCGACACAAAACUCUGCUAACAGAUGAGCAAACAUCUAAAGAAACAGACUUAAUACAAGAAACUGAAGAAAACUUCAGAAGAAAUGUAAUUAACAACUUUAGAGAGCUACAGGAGGAGGUUGCAAAUCUUAAAAAUUACCUUCCAGAGGUCUUGGGAAUAAAAAACUCAGUAGAUGUUCUGAAUAGCAGAAUAGACACACUUGAAGAGAGAAUGGACAAUCUGGAAGACCGAAUUGAAGAAUUCUCUAAGGAUACAAUGCAAAUGGCCAAACAGAUAAUAAAUAAAGAAAGGUCAAGAGACAUAGAGGAUAGAUCCAGAAGUUCCAACAUCCGUUUGAUAGGAAUUCCAGAAAAAGAUAAUAAAGAGAAUGGAGCAGAGGAAAUAAUUAAGGAAAUCAUUGAAGAAAACUUUCCAGAGCUAAAGGAUUCAAGUCUUGAGGUGGUCAGUGCUUACCGAAUACCUAGUAAGAUUGAUGAGAAGAGACUCACUCCUAGACACAUCUUGGUGAAAUUUGGGAAUUGCAGUGAUAAAGAAAAAAUCCUAAAGGCUUCCAGAAAAAGAGAAAUAACCUACAGAGGAACAAGAAUCAGAAUGACCGCAGACUUAUCAUUAGAUACUCUAGAUGCUAGAAGUCAGUGGAGCAAUGUCAUAAAAGUUCUGCAGGCAAAAGGCUUUACACCUAGAAUCCUAUACCCAGCCAAAUUGGCAUUUGAUUUUGAAGGUAAAACAAAGACAUUUUUUGAUACCGAAGAGUUCACAAAGUUUGUUUCUUGCAUACCCUCUUUGAAAGAAUUACUGGAGGAUAUACUUUAGCAAUCUAGGAUGACUAUAAACACGUACACACAAUAUAUAUUACCUUCCUCCCACAGCAAGAGUCAAAAAGGAAAACGAAAUUAAAAUGCCACAUUUCUACCCAGGAGGAUGGACUGUGAACAGUAUACUUGGGGAGUAGGGGAAAGGAAGGUUACAGAUACUACUUAGAUGUUGGUGAAGUUAAAGGGUGUGUGUUAAAAUUAGUGUUAAUCAUGGUAGCUUGUGCAAGAGUAGGCUUUCUAAACUAUUGGGGAGAGGGAGGGAAUCUGUCAAUGUAACCAUGGG